UCAAGUUCGAGCCCAGCAUGAUGUACUACAGGGACGAGAGCGGCGCGCUGCUCUUUCGCUACGGCGAGGACUUCGCCCUAACGCAGGCCACCGCAAAGGCGCUCAACUUUACCCCGAGCUUCGCUGAGCCGGCGGACGGUACGAAUGUACCGCCACAACGAAUGUACACACACACACACACACACACACACACACACACACACGACGGCACCCAAAGAUCUGUGAAUAUUUAACUAAUGUCAAAACGAGAGCUGCUCAAAUCAAAGAGCGUAGUGGCUGGCGAUCACCAGCCCAGCACAUGAUCAGAUAGUGAGUGACUCACACACGCAGGGGAGACGUGGGGCUACAAGCUGGCCAACGGCUCGUGGGUGGGCAUCAUGGGCGAGAUCCAGCGGGACGAGGCGGACAUCGUCGUGUCCAAUCUGUACGUGUCGCUGGCGCGUGUAGACGCGCUAGACUACACGGCGCCCUACAAAACGGAGAUGACCUGCUUUCUAACCCGCACGGACCCGCCGCUGCCCCGCUGGCAGGCCCUCGCCUUCCCCUUCCACCCGUGGACGUGGCUCGCCAUCCUCGUCGGCCUCAUCGUGUCUGGCCCCGUUCUGGCCCUGCUCGCCCGAGCCAGCAGCAAAGUGUGAGCGUCGGGAUAGGAUUGACAUAUUGCUCUUUGUUCGAAACAUAAUGAAAUGAGCACAUAGGCUCUUGUGGAAAAACCUCCGCGAACGUUGCCUUGAUAACACUGUUCUCUCCCCCGCACGGUGGCGUGACUGCAGAGGCAGCGAGGCGGCCAGCCUGGGGCAGCUCAGCUUCAGUUGGUACUACACGUUCGGCCUCCAUUUCUGCGAGGCGCAGUACCUACUACCCAGCAUGGCGAGCACUCGCAUCUUCGUCACCUUCCUGUGGCUGUACACGAUGGUGCUCACCCUCGGUUACUCCACCAACCUGACGGCCUUCCUGAUGGUCCCGAAGGCCCCGGCGGCCAUCGAAACCAUCAAGGAUCUCUACGAAUCGGGGCUUGAGGUCGCGGCGAUCGGAGACAUUUACAGGACCGGCAUCGCCUCGGCCAGCGACCCCAACUUGCGGGUGAGUAGGGACUAGGGUG